UCCUAUGACUCCAACACUGACACAUUUAUCAGAAGGAUGGACGCAGCUGACGACGUGGACGAAGACGAACUUCUUCAUUACGACGUUCAGAUGAGCAUCCAGGACUCGAUUCAGAGAAAUCUAACGGGGAGUGACGCUCUGAAGCUCACGAGGGCCAUCAAACGAGGCGACAUGUUGGCACUGCAGGAGCUCUGUGAUUUCCCAGCAGCCUUCAGUCAGGUGGACGAGAGCGGCUGGUAUCCUCUGCAUAGGGCGGCGGUCCAACCUCAGGUCCUGGUCCUGGAGACGGUGCUGUACGCAUCUUUCAGUCUGACUCUGGAGGAAAAGACUUCGGAGGGGGAGACCUUCUUGACUUUGGCGGUGAAAGCCGGUUUGGUGGAAAACGUGAAAAUGCUGCUGAACCACGGAGCUUCGCCUCACACGACCAACAGCAAGAACGAAUCGCCUCUGCUGUUAGCAGUCAGAGGCGAAUCCCAUCAGAUGGUUUCCAGUCUGAUCGCUGCAGGGGCUCGGGUGGAGCAGGUGUGUCUGAAAAAGUGGACGGCCGUGCACGAGGCCUCCAGGGCCGGCUGCGUUCGUGUCAUGGAGCUCCUGUUGCAGAACGGAGGUCGUGUCUCUGAGACAGACCAGCACGGAGUGACUCCUCUGGGCAUCGCUGCAGAGUACAGCCACUCUGAAGUCCUGGAGCUCCUCAUCAAACACGGUGCUGAUGUAAACGCCCAGGCGCCAAAUGGCGACAGCGUCCUGUACGACGCUGCAGGUUCGGGGAAUCCAGACUGUAUCAACAUCCUGCUGCAGCACGGAGCAAAUCCCAACAUCCGCAACCUGAGCUCCCAGCUGCCCCUCCACCACGCCGCGUACGAGGGACACUACCUAGCUUUGAGGAUUUUGAUCCCGAUCACUACUCGACGGGCCCUGCGGCUGUCGGGCCACAGUCCCGUACACUCUGCCGCUGACGGGGGCCACACUCACUGCCUGGAGCUCCUGCUGCAGAAAGGCUUCGACGUCAAUGCGCAGUUAGCCCCUCACAUCUCUGACAAUUAUGGAGACAUGAGAAGAAGCCCGCUGUACUUUGCCGUCUCCAACGGGGAUGCGACCUGCACCCAGAUUCUGCUGAAGUCUGGAGCCAAACCGGACCUGGACCCGCUGCGCUGCCUCCUGGUGGCGGUCAGGUCGGGGCGCUAUGAGAUCGUGAAGCUGCUGCUGGCGGCCAAAGCAGAUGUGAACUGUUACUUCACCAUGUUGAACAACACAGUGUUUCCCACGGCGCUGCAGUACUGCCUGAAGGACGAGGUGAUGAUGAGGCUGCUGCUCAACAACGGCUACGAUGCCGAGAAGUGUUUCUGUUGCAACCACGAGGACGACUGGGACGACCUGAGCGAGUCCGCUUACUCACAAGAUCAAGAGAAAAAAGUUGCUUUUUGUGAUUUCGUCAGCGUCUCCUGGCUGGUGAACCUGGUGGGCCGAAUCGUGUCGAUCCUCCUGGAGUACGUCGGUCAGGUUUCGCUCUGCGGAAAAACUGACCAGAUCCUGGAGAGACACAAGGAGUGGCCUCACAUUCACAGGACAACACGUAACCCUCGCUCCCUGUCUCACCUGAGCAGAGUGGUGAUCAGGAGACACCUGAGCUGCAGCGCUCUGAUGUCCGUCCAGCUGCCCAACAGACUGAAGGACUACCUGCUGUUCAAAGAGAACGACCUGUACGCCAAAAUCAUCUGCAGGGAGGACUGAGGGGACGGCCAUCAAUACUUUAUCUCCUGGGUCUUAAAUUUUGGUGAUGAGUUUGUGUUUUAUUACCUGUAACAGGGCCUGUAUUUAGCAAAUAUCUGAAUUACACGUAAAA